AUGACAACAACAACAUUUUUUACAUCGAAUGAAACAAGUAGCUGGUUGCUAUAUAUUCUUACUGAUUCAGCUUUACCAACAGGUGGGUUUGUUGCUUCUUCAGGUUUAGAAGCAAGUUGGCAAGCAGGGUUAGUCAAUAAUGAAAAUUUGGCAUCAUUUGUCAUUUCAUCAGCACAUAAUUAUGCAUCCAAUACAAAUUGCUUUGUAAGAGCUGGAUUUGAAGCACCUGAUCACCAAGAUCCAGUUGCUCAUCUUGUUGAAUCAGAUGCUACUUGUGAUGCUGUGAUGGUCACAAAUACAGUAGCAAGACGUGCUUCAUUAGCACAAGGAAUAGCCAUGUUGACCCUUUAUUUGAAAUGCUUUAAAGAGAAACCUGAGGGAAUCUCUAAUGAGGAACAUGAAAAGAAUAUACAAAUGGUUAAAAAAUGGAAAAGUUUAAUUCGUGAAGGAAAAGUAGAUGGCCAUUUUGCAAUUUGUUAUGGCCUUAUUUGUCGCCAUUUAAAAGUAGAUUUAGAAAAUACAUUUCAUUUAUGGCUAUAUCUAUUUACGCGUACAAUUUAUUCCUCAGCAGUAAGAUUAAACAUUGUUGGACCAUAUGAAGCGCAAAAACUAUUAUUAAAAGUAAGGAAACCUAUUGAAAAGAUUAUAAAAGAAACAAGGUAUAUGACGAUCGAUGAUUGCUGUCAAACAAAUCCAUUAUUAGAUGUAUGUCAAGGAAUGCAUGAUCGACUUUAUUCUAGACUAUUUAAUAGUUAA